CACCAGUCCGUAUUCGGCCGCCUGGAUCUUUUCGUGGGUGGUCUCCGUGAGCUCCUUGGUCAGCCUCUCUAUCUCGGUCUUAUAAUGGUCCACAGACUGCAAUACCUCUUCCGCGGCCAUAGCCCCGGUGGAUGGAGCCGCAGCUACACUGCCCGAGAACCUGGCGAGAAACGUAACAUGGAGAAUGCAGGGGAGAGGAUCAACGGCGAGGGGGCAGCUGCUGCGGCAUGUGUCCUCCGGGCCGGACCCUGCCUGCGGUCAGCAGCGGUGCCGCAUGGCCCAGCUGCGGCGGCCGGGGGCGGCAAGGGGCUUCGUUUCUGCUUAUUCAGAGGCGCGCGGCCGCCAUGUCUCGGGGCAGCGUCACUGCAGUCUCCCCGGGUCCCGCGCUCCGGCUCGCCGCGCCCGCCCGCUCCACCUGCUCCCUCCGGCCGCGCUGCAGCCGGUGCGGAAUGAUGCAGCGUCGGCCCGCUCCCUCCCUGCGCGCUGGCCGGGGCUCCGGGCGGGAGGCGGGGAGGCGGGGAGGCGGCGCGGGGGGAGGGGGAGGGAACAGACGGAAAACCUCCGGAGGCGCCUCCCGCCGGUGCCCGGCGCUGAGGCUGAGACGGCUGGACGCGUGCGGGGUGGGACCCCAGCCCGUCCUGGCCCUGCCCGCCCGACUGGCCGCCGGAUGGGUGUCUCGCUGAGACGUGAGCCCAAGCUCAGGAAGCUGCCCGGAACCGGUGCCUUCCUCGAAGAGAAGCAAACGGUAACUAGCGCGCUCGUGCCCGGGGUCCGAGCAUCCUCCUUCAGAUCCCCUGGUCUCGCAGCACCCUUCUUGGUCUUCUGCACCCAAACGCUGUGCUUCCAAAGCCUUCUAGGAGCACCCGCCUUCCCGCCCGCCGACACACACACACAAGGCUCCCGCUUCCGCCCCUUCCGCCUCCUUGUCUCCCCUUCUGUCCCCUCCUUCACCUCCUGCUCUCUCCAGAUAACCUUACUGUCUCAGGACAGUCUUUGCUAAAGAUUGCUUGCCCUCACCCAAGCUUUCUGUGUCCAGUUUAUCACAUCACUACUUAGAAAAAGAUCUAUAAUGUAGGCCUCUGGGUACUAUUACUUCUUGCCCCAGUAGUUCCACUCCAUGGAUUCUUCAAUAAAGGAAAACUGCAUGAGAUUCCCUCUAUAUAGUAUCAACAGUACCCUACAAUAAAUAGUCUUAAAAUGAGUGAAUAGUUCUGGAGACCAUGUGCCAAGCAUUCUUCUAAGUAUGGAACGUGCAAUCUCUUCCAUCCUAACAGCAACUCUGAGGUCUGGACCAUUACAAUUCACAGGUGAUGAAAGAAAGCACAGAGAAUUUGAGUGAUUUGCCCAAAGUCAGGCAACUCUUAACUGAUGAAGCCAAAAUUUAAUCAUAACUCUAGAGCUGUAACCUGAAUCAUUAUGUUUAUUCACCUUCACUCAUGACUAAUGCAAAACCAACAACUAUAUAUUACAUGCUUGUAAAAUGACCACUGUAAUCAGUAUGAAGAGGGAUAAUGAAGAGUCACAAAAGGAAAUGAAGGUAAGGUCAGAGUGAAAGAGAAUAAAGAAUGAAGAAGAAAUGGGAAUUGAGAACAACCAAGAAGGCAGCAAUAGGAGCAGAAAAUGAGCUAUUUCUGUGUAACUAGUAGAUUGUGGAGGCGCUUCCCAGGUGGAGCUAGUGGUAAAGAACCUGCCUGCCAGUGCAGGAGAUGUGGCAAUAAAAGACGUGCGUUCCAUACCU